AUGCUUUCGCUGAGUGUGCCCAGCGAGUCGCUCACCAUUGUUGCGGCUGUAUGUCUGUCACUAUCGACGGCCUCGGUACUUUUGAGAAUCUGGGUUCGAUCGCGCUUUUUGACCAGCGGUCUCCAAGCAGACGAUUGGACCAUCCUCAUUGCCCAAGCUGGCUUCGCAGCCUUCUGCAUCGUCGCAUUUGAGGUUGCCCGCAAGGAAGCCGCGACACCCGUCUUCUCUGCCGAGACUGGCAAUGGCGUUAUCACCACCAUGCUCGUCGGAGAAGUUGUCUUCCAAGCUACCUGCCUGGUCUUCAAGCUGUCUCUGACAAUCUUCUUCCGGAAGUUUCUCAUCGUCGAAUGGCAGCGAUGGCUUGUGCUGGGCUGCGGCUUUUUCUAUUGCUCCACCUGCGUGGUUGGUAUUUUCCUGGCUACCUUCCAGUGCGGUCUGCCUGUCAACAUCAUGCACAAACAUGUGACCGGCCAAUGUGUUAAGCUGGAAGCCUUCACCGCGCUGUUGUAUGUCCACGGGAUCCUGUCAGCAGCAACAGAUUGGGUCUUCGCCUUGUUGCCCACUGUAACACUAUACCGUUCCAACCUUAGUCGCGCAGCAAAGAUUUCCUCCUCUUGUCUGUUGCUACUCGCUUGCGGUGGCUCUGUAGCCGCUAUUGCGCGAACAGCAACCACUGGCGACUACUUACUCCGUCCCGAAUACCUUGAUCCCAAUCUUCGACCCAACUACUACGCCAUAUCAGCACCCAUGAUCAACCUUACUGUCAUCGAAGUAGGACUGGGUAUCACUGCAGUCUCCCUGGCAUGUUUGCGGCCACUCAUGAGA